AUGUUCCUUGACUUUGACAGCAUGGAACGCUGUUUGGUCUUGGACCUUGAUCAGAAGUAUGAACUCAUCCUUGCACCACGAGCCAUGGAGCGACUGGAGAUCGAAACAUUAGGUGCUACGCUCUUCUCUCCUGGUGGAGCUUUGGUGUCCAUCGUGUUGAGAGCUACGGCUCCACGUGACUGCAGUGAGCAGUUGUACGCACUCGUGAAUGGAGUUACGGGUGAAGUUGAUGGCAAUAUCAGUUUGUACACUUUGCCGUCUUGUAAUGAUCUGUUAGAGCUGGACGAGAUGUCCUUGACUGAUUUUGGUGAUGGCCUAAAGGCUGGCGAUUUAGCCGAAUUGGUCAUGAUUUGA